UUGUAGCUCUGAAAAGUUUAAAUAAUUCAAGAAAUGUUACAUUGGAAUUUAUGAAUGAGGUAAGCUAUUUAACUAUUCUUAAUAAAUAUUUAAUUUAAGUAUUGAUACUUAUUUAUAAUAUUUAUAGAUUACAUUACAUCAUAAAGUAAAUUUGCAUAAACGCUUUAUUAAAUUUUAUGGAAUAACUCAAGACCCAAAAACUGAAAAUUACAUUAUGGUUUUAGAUUAUGCAGAAAAUGGAAGUUUACGAAAUUAUUUAGAUACAAAUUAUAGUAAAUUGAAUUGGGGUGAUAAGAUUAAUUAUUUACAUAGCAUUGCACAUGGACUCAAAAAUAUUCAUGAAAUAGAAUUAAUUCAUCGAGAUUUGCAUAUUGGUAAUAUAUUAAGGCUCAAAAAUCUCACUUGUAUAACUGAUAUGGGAUUAUGUAAACCUGCUGAUUAUAAUACAUCGGAAAAUGCAAAAAGCAAAAUAUAUGGUAUUUUACCUUAUAUUGCCCCUGAAAUUUUACGUGGACAAAAUUAUACAAAAGCUGCAGAUAUUUAUAGUUUUGGUAUAGUAAUGUAUGAAGUAAUUUCUGGAUUACCUCCGUAUUAUGAUGUAGGUCAUGAUAUAGAUUUAACAAUGAAAAUUUGUAAAGGACUUCGACCAAGGUUUAAUAUUAAAGUACCUUAUUUGAUUGUGCAUUUAAUUAAAAGAUGCUUGGAUGCAAAUCAAUCAAAUCGACCAAAUGCAGAAGAAAUUAAAAAAACUUUAAGUCAAUGGCUUAGAGAAUUAGUUGAUUUGAUAAAUAAUAGUAAUAUUAUUAAUUAUACAAGUAUACAAAAGCAAAUUAAGGAAAUUGAUGAAAUAAACAAAAGUUCAUCAAAUAGCAGUAUAACUUCGACAAAUUUAGGAAUAUCUUAUGUAACACAUUCAGAAGCUGUUUAUACCAGUAGAUUACUUGAUUUUAGUAAUCUUCCUGAGCAAAAAAAUUCUGACGAUUAUUAUGAAGUAAAUGAUAAUAUAAUUAGCAUGAAAUUUUCAGAAUCCUUACAAAUUGAUAUUUCUCAAUUGGAAAAUAAUAAUUUCAAUGAACUAAAAAAUUCAAAUGAUAUUUAUAAGAAAAAUGACAAAUUUAACAUAAAAACAAAAGAAUCCUUACAAAGUGAUAUUCUACAAUUAAGUAAUUUUCCUGAGCCAGAUAAUUCUGAUGAUUCUUACAAAAAAAAUGAUGAUGUGAUUAGUUCGAAUUCUUCAGAAUCACUACAAAUUGAUAUUUCUCAAUUGUAAGAUGGUAAUUAUUCCUAAAUAUGAAUAUAAUAUACUUAUUUAUUUGUUCGCUUUUUAGACUAGAAUAGCAAAUCUAAGGGCAAGAAAACCAUUUACUAUUUUAGUUAUUGUAAAAUUUUAGAAAUUUUAUAUUUUUAAGUAUUUUUUUUUCGCCAUUAUAGGUUAAAAAUUUAACAAUCAUUAUUCUUCAGUGAAAAGGUAA